AUGUCACAAGAAGACCUGUCACAAGAAGGUUUGUCACAAGAAGAUUUGACACAACAAGGUUUGUCACAAGAAGGUAUGUCACAAGAAGGCUUGCCACAGGAAGGUUUGUCACAAGAAGGUUUGUCGCGAGAAGGUUUGUCACAAGAAGGUUUGUCACCAAAAGGCUUGUCACAAGAAGGUUUGUCACAAGAAGGUUUGUCACAAGAAGGUUUGUCACAAGAAGACCGGUCACAAGAAGACCUGUCACAAGAAGACCUGUCACAAGAAGGUUUGUCACAAGAGGAUAUGUCACAAGAAGGUUUGACACAAGAAGGUAUGUCACAAGAAGGUUUGCAACAAGGUUUGUCACAUGAAUGUUUGUCACAAGACGGUUUGUCACAAGAAGGCUUGUCACAAGAAGGUUUGUCACAAGAAAGCUUGUCACAAGAAGGUUUGUCACAAGAAGACCGGUCACAAGAAGACCUGUCACAAGAAGACCUGUCACAAGAAGGCUUGUCAUAUGAAGGUUUGUCACAAGAAGGUUUGUCACAAGAAGACCGGUCGCAAGAAGACCUGUCACAAGAAGACCUGUCACAAGAUUGUUUGUCACAAAAAGGUUUGUCACAAGGUUUGUCGCAAGAAGGUUUGUCACAAGAGGAUUUGUCACAAGAAGGUUUGUCACAAGUGGGUUUGUUGCAAGAAGGUUUGUCACAGGGUUUGUCACAAGAAGGUUUGUCACAAGAAGGUUUGUCACAGGAAGGUUUGUCACAAGAAGGUUCGUCCCAAGAAGGUUUGUCACAAGAGGGUUUGUCACAAGGGGGUUUGUUACAAGAAGGUUUAUCACAAGGAUCGUCACAAGAAGGUUUGUCACAAGGAGGUUUGUUACAAGAAGGUUUGUCACAAGGGGGUUUGUUACAAGAAGGUUUGUCACAAGGGGGUUUGUUACAAGAAGACCUGUCACAGGAAGACCUGUCUCUAGAAUGUUUGUCACAAGAAGGUUUGUCACAACAAGGUUUGUCGCAGGAUGGUUUGUCACAUGAAGGUUUGUCACAAGAAGGUAUGUCACAAGAAGGUUUGCAACAAGAAGGUUUGUCACAAGAAGGUUUGUCACAAGAAGACCGGUCACAAGAAGACCUGUCACAAGAAGACCUGUCACAGGAAGUUUUGUCACAAGAGGAUAUGUCACAAGAAGGUUUGACACAAGAAGGUAUGUCACAAGAAGGUUUGUCACAAGAAAGCUUGUCGCAAGAAGGGUCGUCACAAAAAGGUUUGUCACAAGCAGGUUUGUCACAAGAAGGUUUGUCACAAGAAGGUUUGUCACAAGAAGGUUUGUCACAAGAAGGUUUGUCACAAGAAGACCGGUCACAAGAAGACCUGUCACAAGAAGACCUGUCACAAGAAGGCUUGUCAUAUGAAGGUUUGUCACAAGAAGGUUUGUCACAAGAAGACCGGUCGCAAGAAGACCUGUCACAAGAAGACCUGUCACAAGAUUGUUUGUCACAAAAAGGUUUGUCACAAGGUUUGUCGCAAGAAGGUUUGUCACAAGAGGAUUUGUCACAAGAAGGUUUGUCACAAGUGGGUUUGCUGCAAGAAGGUUUGUCACAAGGUUUGUCACAAGAAGGUUUGUCACAAGAAGGUUUGUCACAAGAAGGUUUGUCACAGGAAGGUUUGUCACAAGAAGGUUCGUCACAAGAAGGUUUGUCACAAGAGGGUUUGUCACAAGGGGGUUUGUUACAAGAAGGUUUGUCACAAGGAUCGUCACAAGAAGGUUUGUUACAAGGGGGUUUGUUACAAGAAGGUUUAUCACAAGGGGGUUUGUUACAAGAAGGUUUGUCACAAGGGGGUUUGUUACAAGAAGACCUGUCACAGGAAGACCUGUCUCUAGAAUGUUUGUCACAAGAAGGUUUGUCACAACAAGGUUGGUCAUAA